UCUCUACACCCACACAUUCGAUCAAUUCACCAUGGCCGCCCUCGACCGCAGACGUAUUCCGGCCCCGGAAAUCUCCCAUGCCCCCACCUACGAGCCACUUUCCUCCCAAGCAGGUCCUUCGAGAACAGAUCGAUCGGACCUCGAGUCCCGACCCAUAUGUCCGUCCUCCCUUUUCGUCCUGGAUUCUGUCACUGAUACUCGCUGGAUAGUCCUCAAGACGGGCUUGAUCUCACAGGCAAACGGCUCCGCCUAUAUUGAAGCGGGCGGCACGAAAAUUGCCUGCUCUGUCUACGGCCCUCGACCCAAGCAACCGCCUUAUAGUCCCGAGGGAACAUUAAGUCUGGAAGUCAAAUUUGCGCCAUUCGCCAGUGACCCAAGGCGAGCGCCAUUACGAGACACUGAACCCCUCCCGUUAUCGAAUCUCUUGACCCAGCUCCUCCUUCCGUCUCUUCACCUCUCCGCCUUUCCCAAAGCUCAGCUCGACAUUUUCCUCCUCGUUCUUGAAUCGUCUUCCCCCGCGUCCGUACUGAGUGCGGGAUUGACAGUGGCCAGUGCCGCGGUCGCAGACGCCGGCGUGGAGAUGGGCGGUAUGGGCGUCGGCGCGGUCGUUGCAAAGCUCGAAGAGGGCAGGAACCUGGUCGACCCGAGUAAAGAUGAGGAGGCGGAGAGCAAGGCGCGGGCUGUGGUGGGGGGUAUGCCGGCCUUGGGAAAGAUUACAAAUAUGUGGUUGGAGGGAGAAGUGCCCGUUUCGGAAGCGUGUGAUAUGAUAGAAACAGCUCUGGCGUCUACCCGCGAGACACAUACAGUCCUCGCCCAGGCCAUCAUUGAAGGAGUCGAGGAGCGAGGCCUGGGUUUAUAGUCAUAGUUGCUCUCGCCGUUUGACAAGGAGCUGAUCAUAUAUAUCGCAUCCGAUGUGUAGCAUGGCGAUAGCUGUAUGGAUCUCGUCGGCCUUGCGUUGAUGAGCUGAUGAGUUUGUUGCGAACAUGCUUUUAUCCACAAGCUUUUAGACACAUGCUUUUAGCCACAUGCUUUUAGCCACAUGCUUCUAGCCACAUGCUUUUACCCACAGCAUUCACUUACAGUGCCAAGUAUGUGAUGCUCAUGUUACGCCUAGUAGCCCGCCAGUAGCCCGCCGGCUUCGUCGAGCCUAGGCGAAUCGCUUUUCUGAUGUUUCCGGCAAACAACGAUGUAGACGUGCAUCUUGCAGAUUCUCCUUUGCAUACCUUGAUAGUGUGCAAGCUUUGCAAGUGAGACUUGCCGUUCAGGUGACUUUGUAGGCUCUGUUCAGGGAAGAGUUGGGUAGAUAGAUCCCGCAGGGCCUGAUGUAUCAAGCGCCCUUUCACCAUAUACCCAAAGCAGAGCGCUUCACGUGUACGGGUAUAAAAUCUGACGACAAGUAAAUCAGAUUGAAGAC